CCGUAUAUUCCAUUCCUAUGAUCCGUACCGACAGAGCAGCUUCGCGCUUAGACAAUUGAGCUUGCGCCUGACGACAUUUAUGAGCUGACUUUGCUACACCCCAUGAGAUAGUCGGCCCAACAUCUAGUCACAUGAUAGACGCAAACAGUGCAUAAUCCCCAUCAACCGUUUUUGGCUCGACGUUAUAGAAACGGCAGUCACAUGACCCAAGAGACCAAGAGCGGCAAGGACGCUAGUCCAUAUUCGCUAGCCCACAUGCCAACCAGAAGCUUGGGCCGUUGGAAGUUCGGAGGAAUCCAUGCAAGCCAUGAAAUGAACGAAUCCUGGUAUGCACUUGAAGUCUAAAAGGUUAUAACAAGCUUGACAAUGCCAGCCAAAGGCAAGGCGAGCGCAAAGCCCAAAGAGCCUGAGGCAAAACCACAGCCCGUCCCUCCACAAGCCCCACCAUCGACCGUCAACGAGCGCACCCAGCAGCGCCACGCCGAAUCCGGACCUCACGAUACCGUUCGUGCCAAAGUCGGUCUCAGCGGCCUCUCUGGUGCGGAGAAGAACGCCUGGAUCAGCAGCCGCUUCGCCCGCUCGGCACCGGCGCGCAACCAGCUCGGCACCAAGGCCCAGCGCGACCUGUGGCGGCAUGUCAACGAGGCCAGCCUACCGCUAAGGACACUCAAGACCAGGUGUAAUAGCGACGGAAGUGGAGGCGGCGGUGUCAGUCGGCACCACAACUGGGGGAAGGACAAGUCGGGGCGGGACGUGGGCGAGUAUAGUAUCGAGAGGUUCGAGGCGCGGGCGGCCAGGCAGAUUGCACUCACGGCGCUGAGGGUGUCGAGCCGGGCGUUCGAGGAGAAAAGAGACAGGGCGAGACGGGGCAUCGUCGACGCGCUGACGGACGAGCCCGUCGUGCUGUGCGAGAACGAGGUCGAGGAGGAGAAGAAGAGGAGAGCGCAAAUGGCGGCGCUUCGGGAAGAACUAUACGGCGAUAGGACUGGCUCGUACGCCCUGGAUCCUGAGUGGGAUGAUGUCGAGCCCAUCCCCCAUACCGAGCCCGAGGGUGCUCUGGCGGCUAUUGCGUACCCGGAGGACUACGCCGAAGGUAAGAAGGGGUCUUCCUAUUCUCAAGCCCCAUUGUCACUGGGGUGGUUUCAGGAACUGACUGGAAUAGCUAUAUCGUACCUUCGGGCCGUAAUGCUAAAGAAGGAGUACUCACCUCGCUGCCUUCGGCUCACGGCUCAUGUUAUUUCCCAGAACCCGGCUCACUAUACGGUAUGGCUCUACCGAGCAUCCAUCAUAUUCGCCCUGCAGCUUCCCAUCCCCGACGAGAUCCAGUGGCUCGACCAGGUGGCCCUGGAGAACCUCAAGAACUACCAGAUCUGGCACCACAGACAUCUGCUCAUCGACAGCUAUUACCCGGAAAUCGCCUCAUCGCCCGAAGAGUUAGCGAAGCUGGCCAAGUCUGAGACGGCGUUCCUCGGCAUCAUGCUCGCCGAAGACACCAAGAACUAUCACGUCUGGUCCUACCGCUCCUACCUGAUCCGCAAGCUGGGCAUGUGGACGGCCGACGAGCUGCGGUCGAUCGAGACCAUGAUCGACGACGACGUGCGCAACAACUCGGCCUGGUCGCACCGCUUCUUCGUCGUCUUCUCCGACCCGGCCCACUCGACGCCCGGGUCGGCCGCCACCGACCCCGACCCGGCCGUGCCCGCCGAGACGGUCGACCGCGAGAUCCGCUACGCCGAGGACAAGAUCUACCUAGCGCCCCAGAACCAGAGCCCCUGGAACUACCUGCGGGGCGUGCUGGCCAAGGGGGGCCGGGACCUGGCCUCGGUGGAGGGCUUCGUGCGGCAGUUUGUCAGGAACCUCGGCGACGUCGAGACCGAGCUCGUGAGGAGCUCCCACGCUUUGGAUCUGCUGGCGGAGAUCUGCGCCGAGAAGGGGGACAGGGCCGAGGCGGAGGUGUGCCUCUCCAGACUCGCCGAGAAGUGGGAUCGCAUUCGGGCAGGGUAUUGGGAGUGGAGGAGGCAGAUGCUGCCCGAGGAGAAAUCGUAACUUGGGGCACGGAGUGGGGUUACCUUGCUACCUACUUUGCAUUGCAUUGCGAAAUUGAAAAGUUGGAGGGCGGGGGGGAAGGAAGUUGGUAGUAUAUCGAUAGAAACGUCAUGACUACCAGUCAGUUCAUCAAACUUGGUCAGUCUCGUCUACGUUGAUUGGCUGGAAGUCCAGC